CAAAUUUAAGCAGCUGAAAGCUGUUUCGUAUCAAAAGAGUGGCAAUAAAAAAUUCAAUGUUUGUAAAUAAAUAAACCGGCUUGAACGUUGAUUUGUAAAAAAAAAUUUUUAAUCUUAAUUUGUUGUCAAAAUGGAAAAAUCUUCAUCAAAAUUUAAAUCCCCAUUUAAAAGCACUAAAUAUAAAUCCUUCCUUACUCUUUUUUCUCCGUCAGUUUCUAAACGAUCCCCAAAACUGAAAGACUCUGCUAAGUCUCUUUCAUCUCAAAGUAUUAAUGAGGAAAACUUAUAUAGAAAAUAUUCUACUGUUGAUGCCCCACAUUAUUCCAGUGAAUCAAUAUAUUCUCAAGUUGAAAGUCUUGGAGGUUCUCUUCAUCCACAAAUUCCACAGAAGAAACUUGAUUAUAAUGCGUCAAGCCCAAGUGAGCAGGUUGAGAGCUCAUUUGAAUCUAUUGCAGAAGAAACAAAACUGACAACGGAAACUAGUCAUCCUCAAGAUCCAAUCUAUGCCUCUGUGAAAAAAAAGCACGUUUUAACUAAAAUACAGCCUCAUGACUUUGAAAUAGAAGAUUUAAAAGAAAAUAAUAUAACUUUAAAAGCAAGGAUUAAAGAUUUAUCUGAAGAUAAUCGACUGCUCAAGAAAAAAUUGCAAGACUUCAUUAAGGAAGAAAAAUGGAAUGAAGAACGAUUACAUUCAAACCUACAAUUGAAAAUUACAGAGUUAGAGACAGAAACAAGAAAAGAAGUUAAAACUUUGUCAGAUCAUAUACGUAUCCUUAUGAGAGAGAAAGAAGUUUUAAAUGAACAAAUUGAUAUCUUACAAAUGGAAAAAAAGGCACAGCAUCUCAAAUAUGAAGAAUUACAAAGAAAAAUAAAAUCCAUGGUUCUGCCCGAAAUUCAUAAAAAAGUUAUAGUAGAACAUCAGAAGUUGAUAAAUGAAAUGAAAAAGAGGCACACUGAAGAAGAAGAAAAAUUGAAGGAAGUCAAUAAAGAUCUUGAAGAAUCCAAAAAUGCUUUGGAGAAGUAUAUAAAAGAGCUUCAAAAUAAAACAGUUGUAUUAGAAAAAAAAGUGGAAUCUUUCGAAAAAACAAAUCAAGAGCUAGAAGAAGAUAAAAGAAAUCUAUUGGAGCAGGCUGAUGAAUCAAAGCAAAUGGAGAAAGAUAUGCAAGGAAUGCUUUUGUCCCUCUUAAAAGUGACAGAGAAUUUGGCGAUUGAAAGAAAUGUUCUAAUGAGAAAGACUUCCUUUCAAGACCACCAGCAUAAAGAAAUACACACUUCUGUAAUUGAUUAUAGUUUAAACAUUGGGAGAUUACAAGAACAUAUAUCAAACUUGUACAAGGAAAAUCAUGAGGAAUUAAUGGCACUACGAACAAACAAAAGUCAACAAGAUGUGAAGUUGGAAAAUAUAUACGGGAAACAAUUUGAUAUUCUACGAGAAAAAAUAGUUGCCCAAAAUAAUAGAAUUAAUGAAUUGGAAAAUGAAAACAGAAAAUUACUAUCUCAGCUGGAAUUAGUAUGGCAAGCAGUUUGUGGCAAAAAUUCAAAAUUAUUGGAAGAUGUUAAAGCAAUCUUACAAAAUCAUACUUAUGGUGAAAAAACCCAGUUUUAAUUUGAAAAUGUUAUUUUUUAAAAAGAUUUUAUAAAAUUUUUCUAUAUUUUAUAUUAUUCUAGUCACUACUUGUAAAAUA